AUGGGGUUCACGGCGAGGCUCGCGGGCGUGACAGUGCGCGCACCGCGCGGUGCCCACGGUUCUCGGGGUGCCGGGGCUGGGGCCGAGGGGGCGUGCACCCCCGAGGAAGACCGGACCCAGACCCGGGCAGGGAUCGCUGUGGGCAUCGCGGAGCGGAUGGGGAAACUGAGGCCCGAGGCGGGCGGCGCCUCUCGGCGCUCCCAGGUCUGUCUCCAGCCCCCCGCGCGGCCGUCCCCCCGCCCCGAAGUACUCACCGGCCCGCGAGUGGGCGCAGGCGGCGCCGCGACGGCCUCGGGCCUCUGCGCCCGCCGCAAAGUUGCUCGGGAGGAGCAGGACGCACCGCCGCCAGAGGGAAGCGGCCGCGACGGAGCGAGCGGCGCUGGCUGCAAUGGGAGCCGGCGAGCGCGGACCUCGGCGCGGGGAGGGGCGGGGCCGGGGGCGGGGCCGCAGCCCUCGCUCCACUCCCGACGCGGCCCGGGGCACGCGGCUCCGGCUCGGCCCGCUGAGCGGCCGGCGCGCCUGCCAAUCACCGACGCCUUCGCCAAUCACGGCGCGCCUCGCCGGGCUGCCUCCGACUCGUCCCCUGCUCAGCCAGGCAGGAGAGCGCCGGGGGGGCGGGUCCGACCCGCCCACGGCGAAAGUUUCCGAGCGGACUCGGGCCACGGCCCCGCCCCGUCCUGGCCCCGCCCCGCCCCGGCCCUGGCCCCGCCCGCACGGCGCCUUGUGGCCGGGCGAAGCUGGGCACCUCCGUAA